AUGUCCGAUAAAUACGACUACACAUGGCGCGACCAUUCGCGCUUGUUCAUCGCCUGCGGUGUCGUCAUCCUGAGCCCGUUUCAAUAUGGCUUCGAUUUUGGCAUGAUUGGAGGGCUGCAGGCCAUGGUGGGAUUUCUCGAGGUUUUUGGUUACCGUACCGACAAGACGCCUACGGGGUGGAAUAUCAAGACGGAGAGACAACAGCUCAUCUCGUCUCUCAUGACGCUGGGGGCAUUCAUCAGCUCCGCUACUGCGGGCGUUCCAUCCACCCGGUUUGGUCGCCGCAUGUGUCUCGCUGCAGCAUGCAUCAUUUGCUUUGCAGCCAACAUCCUGAUGAUGGCGACGGAAAACAUUGCGGCGCUCUACGCAGGCCGUCUGAUCAUUGGCCUGGCUAACGGCUACUUCAUGACCUUCUCACAGCUAUACCUCCAAGAAAGCAGCACCGCCGAGCUGCGCGGCGUGUUCCUAACUGGCUUCAACUUCUUCGUUUCCUUCGGAACCCUGAUCGGAACUAUUGUCGAUUGGGCCACGGCAAAGCGCCCAGAUAAGUCGGCGUACCUGAUCCCUCUCGGGCUCAUCUACAUCUUCCCCUUUGUCAUUGUCUGCACUAUCUGGUUCAUCCCCGAGAGUCCACGCUGGCUGAUCCUCCAGGGCCGCUUCGACGAAGGCGUAAAGUCGCUCGAAUGGCUACGCCCUAAACACCACGAUUCUCGCGCCGAGGCUUCUGCUAUACUCGCGGCAAUUGAGAAGGAAAGAGAGUCCAGCUCGGGUAUCGGUUGGCUCGACAUGUUCAACAACCCCGUCGAUCGGCGACGCACUUUCCUCGCGGUUUCGGCCGUCCUGUUGCAAGCAGCCUCGGGAUCCAUGUUCAUCAUCGCAUACAAAGCCUACUUCCUGCAAAUGGCCAAGGUAGCCGACCCCUUCGCCAUGUCCAACGUGCUAUCCGCCAUCAGCAUCGUAGCCUUCAUCGCCAACUCGCUCAUCGUCGUGCGCUACGGCAACCGCAGAGUCCUGCUCAUGACGGGCCUGCUCGUCUGCGGCCUGCUGCAACUCAUCAUCGCCGUGGUGUUCCACAAGAAGCCCAACGCAAAGUCGACGGGCAAAGUCACCGUCGGCCUGACCGCCAUCUACAUGUUCAGCUACAACGGCAUGAUCUCGACUUACGCCUGGCUGUCUGGCGGCGAACUGCCUACCCAGCGUCUGCGCUCGCACACAUUUGGUCUCGCGGCCAGCGCCGGCUUCGUCGGCGCGUGGCUCACAACCUUCACGGCGCCCUACUUCAUCAACCCGGAAGCCAUGAACUGGGGGCCGCGCUACGGCUUCAUCUGGGCGCCUUCGUGCGCCAUCGCCGCAACCUGGGUCUUUUUCUUCUUGCCUGAAGUCAAGAACCGGACGCUCGAGGAGAUUGACGAGAUGUUCGAGGCCAGACUGAGUGCGAGGAAAUUUCACAAAUACACGUGUGUGGGUAUUGCGCGCGUGGAUGACGAGGACAAGGCACGCGUGAGUGUGGAGAAAGAGAAGGAGAUUGCCGUGUUUAGCAGUGAGAAGGUUGCUGCUGAGACGAGUGUGUCGAGGGAUUAG